AUGAAUGGCCAGGGAUAUACCAAUGGCUGGCAUCACCAAGACGAGGAUGGUGGCCAGGCAUCGGCAAGACCCAGAGCCAGCCUACGUGUGCCUACAGUCCAUGAGGCUUUGCCCUACACGCCUUUCAGUUCCAUAAUCCCUUUCAAUGCUGCCGACACAAUACCUCCGCCGGUGGCUUUACCUACGACCUCACCGACUUAUUUCCAAGAUCUACCAGAGGUCAUGAGUACAGCCAAAGUCUUACAGCAGCUUAGCCAAGGUGCAAACAGCGCAGAACAAGCUGGGAAGCGUUGCCAACAAACUGUGCGAGAUAUGCAGAAGCUUCUGGCGCCGGAAAGUCUAAGCCAGUUCAAAUUCAAGUAUCCCGACCAACCGAGCACCGACAUCAGCAAAGGAGCAAAUCAGCAGCGUGUUCGCGCACCCGAGCUAAGCCCAUUUGCAAGGAUGAUUCUCGACAAGACCAGAGUUUCGUUCCACUACUUGACUCCUGAGUCACCAGAUCUCCCUGUGAAAGCCGACACCAGUGGGGCCAAAGCCUCGGCCAAAGUGGCACUCCCAACACCGCAGUCGCAGCUGAAGUCAACACUUAGCACAGCGCCUCCUUUGUCAACCCCUCAAAGUCAACCACCGACUGGCUCUCAGGAAUCCCGCGUGGUCAUUGUGCCCAAGACCUUAACACCAGCACAGAGAGCAGAAUAUCAAUGGGUACCCGAAGAUAGCAACGUCUCGGUACUGCACAAUAAGACGCCAUCAAAAAUUCGCGAGAACCGAGUGGCUGGUGACCAUCGGCCUAUGAGCGUUGAUCAGCAGCAGAAAGGCGAGCUUGCUGUACAGAAGCUCCAAUCACUCCUCUCUGACAUCUUCGAUGCUGAGGAUCACCUUCAACCUGAUACUUUUGGGAUGGUUUCGGCCAGUGCGCAUGCGCUGCUGGCACUACAAGAGACUGAUGAAGGCUCUCGAGCUGUUCUUCAGCCAGAAACUCAGGUCCGGCUUGAAUCAGCUGUUCUGAAAGUAGUGGCGAGUGGAGGGCUAGAAAGCAUUGAACUUGAAGAGCUGAUUCAUGUUGAGAAGCUUUGUGAGGUGGCUGUGGCGGAGGUCCAGACAACGUCCCUGCACAUUGGUGAAGAGUGGUCAGAACAUGACGCAGAAGAAUGGAAUCAGCGCUUGGUGGUUGCGGAAAGGAGCAUGAUCGCAGCUCGUACUUUGAUGCGCAUCAUGGGAGCCGGAGCUCAUAUCAAGGAGCUUCAGUCCGAAGACUGCUUACGGUCUAUCCUUACAGCUAUCAAGACCGUGCUGGAGAACCUGCUGGUGCCGAUAGCGGAGUUGCGAUACUCGGCACACGAGAAGAUACGCGGCACAAAAGAGGAACCGCCAGCCGACUCACGCUUCCUUAUCGCACAAGCUCAGCGAUCCGUCCUACAGACGACUUUGCAUGCUAUCAUGAGAACUCUCCGUGUACUCGGGGACUUUCUCAUCAAGACAGACGUUGACGAGAGCAGUCUGUCCGUGGUCGAGGCUUUCUGUAUUCUGUUGAUAUUUGCAGACAACGCCAGCAAUGAUCGAGACUCCGUAUCCGGCGUGCAGAAUGUGGAGACUGCACGCCGUUCCACUAUGGACAUCCUGGCGAAGGUCUUCGCCAAAUAUACGUCACAGCGUCAAUGGAUCGUGGACUCUUUACUCACCUCACUCGACAAACUUCCGGCAACCAAGCAGAAUGCAAGGCAAUAUCGUCUCCCUGAUGCGAAGCCGAUACAGCUAGUGUCCGCGCUACUUAUGCGACUCGUACAGACUUGUGCAACACACGCUGGAGAAGCGACUCGUGGCAAAAGCAAAUCUCUAGAAGACGACGCCGAGGACGACGCCGACGAGGAAGAUGCUGAAGGCGAGGAUGAAGUGGAAGAGGACGAUGAUCAUGGCAAGCUUUCGCCCACUAAACGUUGCAUUCAGUCCAAAGACCUCGUUGCCCUCGUGAAGCCUCUCCACGACGAUGCACAGACAUAUGCAUCGUACAUUGUGCGAUCACUCCUGAAUCGCGCUCUAGCCUCCUCUAAGUCUAGUGACGAGCCAUACCGAAAGUUACUGGAUAUCUUCACAGAGGACUUCUUAAACGUGCUCGGAUCUAGCGACUGGCCUGCAGCUGAGAUGAUUCUUCGAGCACUCGUCUUGCUCAUGGUCAAUGUCAUUGAAGAUCUCAAAUAUCCUGUGCCAGCUCGCACGCUUGCUCUUGAGAUUCUGGGCACCAUUGCAUCCGGCAUGAUUGAACUGCGACUUGCAGCAAGCAAGAUGGCGCGUUCGUUAGAGACUGGCGACUCUGACAUUGGUAGCACACUUGUACGCUUCGUCGACCAGCUAGAAGCAGAUGAGUCUGAUACUACCUCUCUACUUGCAUUUGAAGGUCCAUACCGCAUGGUGGUCGAGUCUCUACAGGCUAGGAACCUGGAAGACGCUCAGCUACGAUCUGCGCAUGGCUACUAUCUCAUGCAAUGGGCAAUGCACGUGUGCGGCGGCCGCCAGAGCUCAGUGGCUUCGGACGCAAGUGAUUCGGUUGACACUCCCAAGCACCUCGACGCUCUCCUUCGCAACGUGAUUGUUGAUUAUAAGUGGCUGGAGGAACGUUACGAUCAUGCCCGCCCCACGACAAUGGAAGGUCGGCUUGCUGCCGUGGUCGUCACCCUGAAUUCCAAGCUUUGCAAAGCUUUCAACAGGAUCUCGAAUGUCUUGCUCACUGCCAUGAGUAGCGAACAAGCUCGGGUACAAAGCCGUGCGCUGAAGAGCGUGACUAUGCUUCUGGAGAAGGACCCUUCGCUGCUUGACCGCAAUGCCACUGUCUUCUCGCACGUCACACGAUGCCUGGGAGAGCCAUCUCCACUUGUCAGAGAGUCUGCGAUCAUGCUGGUCGCGGAUUGUGUCAAGAUGCGCCCAGCUCUAGUCAAGAGUGUGUAUGAUCGCAUCAUAGACAGGACCCGAGAUACUUCCGCCACCGUCCGCAAGCGCGCCAUCAAGCUGCUAAAGGACUUCUAUCCCGGCACAGAGUCCACGAAGAUCAGAUCCGCCAUAGCUGAUGCUGUCGUCGCACGCAUCAGUGACACGGAGGAGUCGGUGACAAAACUAGCACGGCAGAUCGUUGAUGAUAUCUGGUUUAUACCCUUCCUUGGUCAGAAGCUUGACGGCGACGGAGCCAUCGCUACCAGGCUCCGGUACGGUGCGCAAGCAUGUUUGCUGAUCCAGACUGUCGAAGCUAGCGACGAUACAGCAUUGACUUUGGAAACCUUGAUACGCCAGCUCAUCACAACUGGUGAGACGCCACAAGCACAUGCCGCCGUCUGCCGCAAUUUAAUCCGCGUUCUGUCGGACGGCAUUGUCGACAAUGCAGACCUGCCUAGCAAGCCCGAGCAGCCAGACAUUCUGUUAUGCCUGGCCGUAUUCGCCAGAGCAGGACCAAAACUCUUUACAGCUGCGCAAUUGGAGCGCCUUGAGCCGUUCACCCAGAAUCUCUCCAGCACGGAAGAUCUAGAAGUAUUCCGCGCUGCAGUCAGCAUCUUGAGGCAUGUACUCCCGCACCAAGCCACGUUGAAGGACCUGUUCUUGCAGAACCUCCAAAACUCUCUCCUCGGUAGUAUUGGCAAGCUACCAAAGGCAGAGUUGAAGGAGGCCGUUCCCUGCGUGUGGACGAUCACCCAGCUGUUGGGCAACAGAGAACGCAUUUUCCGGUUCGCCGCAUCCGCCCUCAAGAAUCUGAACGAUAUGCGAAGCGCCCAAUUCGAUGCGGAUGAACGACUAGUGGUUAAGGCAACGAAACUUAUGCUCAUAGUUGGAAACUUUGGCAGAGUGUGCGAUUUCGAGGAAUUUCUCUCCUUAAUCAAGUCCAUCCUCCCAUGGUACAAAGGCAGUACUGUCUCUGGGGCAUUCGUGCAAGUUCUCUGUCCUUUCACAAGCCCGAAACAGCUCCUCAGACUUCGUCAGCUCGCAUUAAACGCUCUCUGCAUGGUCUGCCAAGCGUCCCCAAAGAUGCUUUUGCGACAAGAUGUCGUCACUGCUUUCGACAUUGUCUUCAGAGACCGCGACACUACUCUGGAAGAGGUUCUACUCACGGGUCUUGAUGUCUUCUUCAGUGCUGGAGAAGUAAGUGAAGGGAGUGCCGACAUACCUGAGCUGGGCAGUGGUGCAGCUUCCGGCACCGAUCGGCUCGGCAAGACAUAUGUCGCUACCGACCAGGAUGGCGCAUCGACGUCAAUAGCACGCCGCUUCAUACCACAGAUUCUGCACAUCGCCCUCUCAUCUCAAGGCGAGGCGGCUUUCGUUGCAUCAAAGAUCAUAGUCAGUGUCAACCGCCAAGGAUUGGUUCAUCCAAAAGAAAGCGGACCAGCGCUCGUGGCUCUCGAGACGUGUCCGGACUCCGCUAUAGCUAACAUGGCCUUCGUCGAGCACAAAGCACAACACUCGAAGCACGAAAGUCUGUUUGACAAGGAGUACAUGCGCGCCGUACAGCAGGCGUAUGAUUACCAGCGUGAUGUCGUCCACAGCGUAACGGGCUACAUUGGUCAGCCUCCGGUUUCAAAGCUGAACCUACUGUGGGAAGUGCUGAAGAGUGGCAAAGCACAAGUCCGCAAGAAGUUUCUCAGCAAUCUUGCAGCCAAACUCGACUUCGACAUGGCCGGCCAAGGUACCACUGUCCGUCUGUCAACCCAUCUCGGCCUCGCCCGUUUCGCCGCUGAGAAUCUUGCGCUCUUUGACUACGAGCGAGUCGAAGGACUGCUACAGCUCCUUGCCGUUCUGGACAAGACGUUCGCAGCCACUGGUUCCACUAUCGCCCAGGCCAUUGAGAGCGAGAUUCUGCAUCUUCGUGUAGACACUGUUGCCGGCUCCAGCCUUGGCGUAGCUGUCUCGUCUGACACAACCCAACCCGCGAACAGCAUCAGCGCAAUUAAUCCAGAAAGACUGCUGCAGCUCUCGCUUGCUGCUCAGAUCUGCUCCAUCAUCUGGGAGACGAGGUCUUUCAUCCGUCGACUCUGGAACCUGCAAAAGUAUCUCAACAAGCACAAGAACGCUUCGAAGGAAAGCAACAGGACGGCCUCGCGCGCCACAAAUGCACCAUCCUUGACAGAGAUUUACCUCAAGCGUAUUGCAAGUCUCGUGACUACGGACGGCUCGCAGGAGAUCCAGCGUUCUAUCUGUGCGUCCUUCGUUGAGCUGAUGUCGGUCGAUAACGAGGCGAAGGUGAACACAGAAGAGGAGGACGAUGCUGUGAAGGAGAACGGGUAUGAUACGCCAAGCGAAGGCACGAGUGGCAAGAGCCCUUCAUUACCACCAAGUGGUGGCGGUGGCCAGGGGAAGAAGCGCAAGUCCGUGAGUGUGAAUGGUACGCCACGCAAGAGAGGCCGCGUGAGUAUGGCAAAGCGCAAAUCCACCGCUUCAAAGCUGGAUGAGGAGGAUGCAGAUGGAGGGUGGGAGUGA